AUGGUGCGGGCGACAGCAGCCCCGGCGGCGCGGCCAAACUUGGCGGUGGCUGCGGUGGUUCGGCUCGCCCUGCCCUGGCCUCGGACGACGAGCGCGGCGCGGCGCGGCGGCCAAGGGGGCGGGGGCGCGGGGCGCUUCCGACUCGCAGGAGCGCGAGGCGACCUCAGCCCCUCAUCUUUACGUAACCGGCAGCGCCUCCGCACGCAGCAUCCACGGCCCCGGGCUCCGCCGCGCUGCCGCCGCUCGCCGCCGCCCGCGCCCGGCGCCCGGCGCGAUCCCCCCGACGGGCGCGCCGGCCGCUCCAAGCCGGCUCCCUUGGAAAGACGCCACACGUGGCGGCCGCAAGUUUAUUCGCUUGAAAACGCCCCCGAGGCGCUGGGAGAGGAAACUGCAAGAGAGGUACACGCCCUCGGCCGCCUCUCCGUCGAGCCAAAGCCCCAGGACAUUCACCCGACCACCCUGACGCGGGUGGCGAGGGCCGGACCGAGCGCCAGGUCUAAGAGACACUUUUCCCCCAGUCCACCGACGCCUUCUGAGCCCCUGCUUUUGCCGGUCCGCACCGUUCCGGCAUUCUCUUGCUCAGUAACAAUUUCGCAGAAUCCCAUCACGUCACAAUCCAAACCCCCUCUAAUUGGCCAGUGGGGAGGGUGAUUCAACUCUGUUUACUUUCUCCCCCUGCCAGUCAGAACGGCCUUUCGGUGGAGAGGUGCGUCUAGAACUGAGGCGUGCGGCCAAUCCGACUGUUCCGUUUCGCUGCCUCGUGCUACCCCUACAGCCUCGAACGCUGACAUUUAAAAGGGUAACAGCCGGGAGCCUGGAAGGGAGCCGCGGCUCAUCCUCGGGAGCGCCUCUCGGUCCGUUAGCCGCUCCGGGUCUCCUGGCUCGCGUUCCCGCCCGCGGAGCCGUGGAGACACACCUUCCCCGGUCACUUGCGCUCGUUCUCGUGACAAAAGAAAACUUCAGAUUCGGUUUUCCAGCUUGCAAACAGUUAAGUGACUUCCUGCAAACGCUAGAGUCCCAGCAACCAGCCUUCCAAUCAAAAGGGCCCCUCUCAUCUCGCUCGUGCCUCCCAUUGACUGAACUUAAGCAGAAGCAAGAUGGC